CGUAGGGCGGGACCCUGCUCCCCCCGCCGUGGAUGAGCCCGGGAGGCGCGGCGGGCCGCCCGUUGGGGCGCGGCGGCGGCGGCUGCUGCUGCUGCUGCUACUCGGAGGGCCGGGGGAGGCGGAGAGGCGGAGCGGGGCCGCCGCCGCUGGCCGCCAGACGAUGCCCGGCGCCGGGGGUGGCCUGAGCGCCUAGUGGCCCUCGGCUCGGCUCGGCGGCUCCGCGGCAUGGGUGGCAAGCAGAGCACGGCGGGCGCCACGGCCGCGGGGCGCUCGCGCGGCGGGCCCUUGGCCGGGGUGGCCAGCGACGACAGCGCAGUGCCCCCGCCCGGGGGAGCGCCCCACUUCGGGCACUACCGCGGCGCGGGCGGCGGCGGCGGCGGCGGCGGCUCCGCGAUGGGGUUGCGCAGCCGCUCCGUCAGCUCCGUGGCCGGCGUGGGCGUGGGGAUCGGCGGCAUGGAGCCGGCCGGCGCCGGCAGCGUCCCCUUCGGCCUCUACGCGGCGGCGGCGGCGGCUUCGGCGGCCACCACGACCGCGGCGGCGGCGGCGGCGGCGGCGGGCGACUCCGAGCGGGGUCCAGGCGGCGGGUCGGGCGCGGACUCCACCCCUUACGCCCAUGGCAACGGUUACCAGGAGACGGGAGGCAGUCACCACAGAGACGGGAUGCUGUACCUGGGCUCCAGGGCCUCGCUGGCCGAUGCACUACCUCUGCACCUCGGACCCCGGUGGUUCAGUUCGCACAGCGGUUUCAAGUGCCCCAUUUGCUCCAAAUCAGUGGCUUCCGAUGAAAUGGAAAUGCACUUUAUCAUGUGUCUGAGCAAACCCCGUCUCUCCUACAAUGACGACGUGCUAACGAAGGACUCGGGCGAAUGCGUCAUUUGCCUGGAAGAACUUCUGCAAGGAGACACGAUAGCCCGGCUGCCCUGCCUCUGCAUUUAUCACAAGAGCUGUAUAGAUUCCUGGUUUGAAGUGAACAGAUCCUGCCCAGAACACCCGUCAGAUUGACUGCGGGAUCACAGGCGGACCUCUCUCCAGGUCACCUCACCAUCCCUCCUCCUCACCCCCCCAACAUCCUCCGAACCAGCUCUGGGACCCCCUUCAAUGGCAGCACCGGCACUUUGCGUUCCAUUCCAGCUUUCAAGGGCAGAGAAGACCCCAAAGAGCAGCCGCCGCUUCGCAGGGCCAUCCCUUGGCAGCCGCCCGCCAGCCCGGGCAGGGGGGAGAAGAGGGUCCGGGGCAGAAGCCGGUGGUCCCUGGGCCCCCACCCCACAGCAGCGCCAUGAUGUUUGUUUGGGCUGGAUCCAGCCACGAACUAAACGGAGCACGGGGUCAGCACCAUGCAAGGACUCUUCCUGCCUGCCACAGGCAGGUCACACUUUUGCACGGGCAAGGUGGUGGUUCCCCCUCCCUGUUUUUUUCUUGGAGCAGGGAGGCCAUUUUCCCUCUCCCCACCGGUCCUGAGGAGGAGAGAAGAAUCAGGCAUUUUAUGUUGCAUUUUUUGAAGGCGUUGUAGGUUUGUCUUUUCAAGUGUUUACAAAACAGCCAUUUCGUGUCAACCAACGUACCAGGUGAUGUUUACAAGACUGCAUACUCAGGCAGGUGAGGAGCAGAACUUUCCAAGACCUUUUUCUUUCCCCCACCACCCCCCAUUGCCAGAAGUCCCUUUGCUCUCUCUUCCUCUUCCUCCCCGUUUGAACACCCCCCUCCGGGCUGGCUUCAGGGGCAGUCGCCAUUCGCAAGUGUCCUGCUGCAAUACAAGAACGGUUUUUGGCCCUUUGUGGAACACAGAACUGGGCCUUUUCUUGAAGCAAAAACAGAGAUGAUAUACCCCCCACACACACACACCCUCCCGCCCCACCAGUCCACACUUGAGCACGAAGCAAAGACUGGCUGGGCCACCGGGGUGGGUGGGGGGGAAUUCUUAUGGACGGUUUUGAUCCGCAGGAAAAGUAUCUGUAUUUAUAUAGGAAAAAAACAAAAAAAAGAAAAGAAACUUUAAAAACGACAAAAAAAUCAAAGCUUGGGAAGGGAAACUUCCCCUAUUAGUCAAGGUGUUUUGAUAUGGUAUUCAAUAAUGCUCAAUAAAAUAGUCACUGUUAUUUUA